UACUGUGUGAGCUGCGAUUGGUCACAGCGCGUCACAUGGUACAAGGCUGUUGUGAAUAGCCCUGUACCAUGUGACCUCUGUGAUCAUUCACAGAUUUCACACGUAGUAAGCAAUGAUGUCAGAAGUGACAUCUUGCUUACUACUCUGCAUGUGAUCACUGAUUGGCCAAUCAGUGAUCACAUGAUCAGGACCUCGUACAGAGGUCCCGUAUGACGAUCGGUGUUCCACUGUGUCCGGACCCGGGAGCGCGCACAAGCAGGGGUGUCGCGCGCUCCCAGGGAGCGUGCACAGGCUGUGAAUGCGGGGGCCGUUUAUAAACGGCCACCCACUCCUGCACUGCUCCCGUCCGGCCGUUUAUGUACAUGGGCCGGACGGGAAGUGGUUAA